AUGGCCCCGUGGCCCGCACCUCCUCCGCCCGCGCCUCCGCCUCCACCUCUCGCCGCGCCGCCGCCGCCGCCCGGCGCCUCGGCUAAGGGGCCGCCGGCGCGCAAGCUGCUCUUUAUGUGCACCCUGUCCCUGUCCGUCACCUACCUGUGCUACAGCCUCCUGGGCGGCUCGGGCUCCCUGCAGUUCCCCCUGGCGCUGCAGGAGCCCCCGGGCGCCGCCGCCGAGCCCCCGCCGAGCCCGCCGCCACCCUCGCGGCCGCCUCCCCCCGUGCGCCCCGGCAGCCCCUCGCAGCCGCCCGCGCCGCCGGACAACGGGAGCCGCGGGGAGCUUCCCGCCGCGACCCCCGGAGAGCCCGAGCAGCCCCUCGGCCCCGGGGCUGAAGGCUGGGGACUGGCCAGCGGCGCAGGGGGCGCCCGGGACCCUUGGCUCCCCCGGACCCCGCGGGCGCCCGGCGAGAUGGUGACGGCGCCGAGCGCGCAGCUGGACAGGGACACGCCGGAGUCCAGCACCGCCGACGAGGACCUCGCAGGCCGGAGGGCGGCCAACGCCAGCGGCGACAGGGACGGCGCCGCCCCCAGCACCCCGGACUACGGGGAGAAGAAGCUGCCCCAGGCGCUCAUUAUCGGGGUCAAGAAAGGCGGGACCCGCGCGCUGCUGGAAGCGAUCCGCGUCCACCCGGACGUGCGGGCGGUGGGCGUUGAGCCGCACUUCUUCGAUAGGAACUACGAAAAGGGGCUCGAGUGGUACAGAAAUGUGAUGCCUAAGACUAUAGAUGGGCAGAUAACCAUGGAGAAGACGCCCAGUUACUUUGUGACAAAUGAGGCUCCCAAGCGCAUCCACUCUAUGGCCAAGGAUAUUAAACUGAUUGUGGUGGUGAGAAACCCUGUGACCAGGGCCAUCUCUGACUACACCCAGACUCUAUCAAAGAAGCCUGAAAUCCCCACCUUUGAGGUGUUGGCCUUCAAAAAUCGGACCCUGGGGCUGAUAGAUGCCUCCUGGAGUGCCAUUCGAAUAGGCAUCUAUGCUCUGCACCUGGAGAACUGGCUCCAAUAUUUCCCACUCUCACAGAUCCUCUUUGUCAGUGGUGAAAGACUCAUAGUGGAUCCUGCAGGGGAAAUGGCCAAAGUACAAGACUUUCUAGGCCUGAAGCGGGUUGUGACUGAGAAACAUUUCUAUUUCAACAAAACCAAGGGAUUCCCUUGCCUAAAGAAGCCAGAAGACAGCAGUGCCCCAAGAUGCUUAGGCAAGAGCAAAGGACGGACUCAUCCCCGCAUUGACCCUGAUGUGAUCCACAGACUGCGAAAAUUCUACAAACCCUUCAACAUGAUGUUUUACCAAAUGACUGGUCAAGAUUUCCAGUGGGAACAGGAAGAGGGUGAUAAAUGAGGCUGGCAAUGUGGUGGGAUGGCUUGGGAACAGCUCUGGCUCCUUAUCUGAGUCCCGAGGUCCCCAGGAUUUGCGCCCUUAGCCUUGUUGGAAGGUCACAUUUAUCUGUUCCUUUGACCAGUCAAGGUUGCUUACAAUCCUGUUGACCUAGGCUUAGGAAGAGAUCCUCUGAUAUUCCUCAUGGAGGAGGAGGCCUUCAUGGGCCUGCCUGGGCAGAAGCAUUGGGUUGACUAUAUGACAACCUAGAACCACUACAAAUCUUUGUCUUCUACUAGUUCAUAGAGUAUGAAGACAAGAAAAAGAGCUGUCUAGGUCAGAGACAGUGCCAUAUAUGUUUAAGUGUUAAAAUAAGAAAGGAAGGGUUACUUUGGGGGAGCUCUCACCUUAGUAGGCCUCUAUCUGAAAUAGGUCCUUACUGUAUAAAUCUGUACUUUGGCUUCUUUCCAGAAUGUUGAUUGUGGCUAAGAGCUCCAGAACUCCUAAGGAAUAAGGCCCUCCCUCUAAAAGGCCUCUAGCCUUUACCUUAAAGAUCUCAUCCUACAACCCUUUGACUUCCUUCCUUCUCAUCUUAUGAAGGCAGAGGCAUGCACGUUCCCCACCAAAAAAAUAAAAGUAAAAAUAAAAAACCGGACAUUCCUGAAAGCUUUCUUUCUAAGGCCUUCACAGGAGGCUUGGGUCUCUCUCUUCAUGAGUAUUGUGGGGUGUGACAAAGAUUAGCUUAAGCUUCUGUGUGAGAAUCCAGCCUGCAGAGUUGCUCUCAGUGCUGAUUUCUUGAGUUUGGUAAAGAGGAAUUUCCUAUGUGAGGUGAAAAACCAGAAGCCUUUCAGAAGUAGUCUCCUUGUCUGAAAAACAGCUCUCCCAAGGUUGCAACAUGGUUCUGAGAUGUGCUUUUGGGGUGGGCUCUGUAGAGUACCUAGAGGGGAAAGGACCAGAAAAUUGGCAUGUCUUUUGUUAUAAGUAAUCCUUCUCAAAGCAACCAACUGGAGGGGAGUCUGUCACCCUUCUUCCAUUUGCACCUUCAUCGCCUUCCUCAUGGUCACCUCAUGCUUCAUUUCCUCAAUUCAGAGAUAACAUGUCUGGAGCAGUGGCAAGAAAGCUGACUCCACUUGUCAGAUCCAGUUUUGGGGGUGGGAGAGGGUAAGGGCUGUACAUGAACACCCCCAUCAAGGGCUGUUGAAUGAAGUGUCCCUUCCCAUUCACUUGAUUGGAUUAAAAUGCAGCACAUGACAGGAAGCACUUGUUCACAAAUCUCCAGAAUCAGGAACUGUCCUAGAAAAUUGGAAAUAUGUAUGAGUUGGGGGAGUUAAAUCUGUUCAGCUGUUAUUAAACUGUCAUUUCUCCUGCUAAAUGAAAACUGUGUUGUUAUAAAGCUUAAUGCAACCUGA